CCCACAACCAAACAACCGCCCCCACAACCACCAUCGCCGCCAUACCCACCAAGUUCAAACAACCACCACCGCUCCCACAUCCACACCACCGCCCCAACAAUCAAAUCAUCGCCCCCACAUCCCCACCACCGUCCCCACAACCACCACCGCCGCCACAACCACCACCGACCCCACAACCACCACCGCCCAAAAAACCACAACCGCCCCCACAUCCACACCACCAUCCCCACAACCACCACCGCCCCCACAACCAAACCACUGCCCCACAACCACCAUCGCCGCCAUACCCACCACCGCCCAAACAACCACCACCGCUCCCACAUCCACACCACCGUCCCCACAACCAACACCGCCGCCAUAACCACAACCGCCAACACAACCACCACCGACCCCACGACCACCACCGCCGCCACAACCACCACCGCCCUCACAACCACCACCGCCUCCACAACCAAACCACCGCCCCCACAACCACCACCGCACCGCCCCAAAACCACCACCGCCCCCCACAACCACCACCUCUGCCACAACCACCACAACCCCACAACCACCACCGCCCAAACAACCACCAACGCCCCCACAUCCACCACCGCCCCACAACCACCACCGCCCCCACAACCACCAUCGCCGCCAUACCCACCACCGCCCAAACAACCACCACCGCUCCCACAUCCACACCACCGCCUCCCACAACCACCACCGCUGCCACAACCACCAUCGACCCCACAACCACCACCGCCCAAACAACCACCACCGCCCCCACAACCACACCACCGCCCCCACAACCCCACCACCGUCCCCGCAACCACCACCGCCGCCACAACCACCACCACCCUCACAACCAAACCAUCGCCCCCAACCACCACCGCACCGCCCCCACAACCAAACCACCGCCCUACCAACCCCACCACCGUCACCACAACCAACACCACUAUUACACACAAAAACAGCAGCAGCAACAACCAAAACGACAAACUUAUAACAGUAGAGCGGGAUGAUAACACACUGCUCGAGAGAAUUAUCAGCUAG